GCCACCACUCUUGCUUCUGAGCACAGGGUGCUCUCCUCUGGAGCUCAGCUUCUGCUUUUGCAGCCGAGCAUCCUUGCUGCUGCUGCUGCCUGCCUGCCUGCCUGCCUGCCCACCCGUCUGGGGCUUGCAGCCCGCCACUUUACUUUCCCCAGCCUUGCUGCCAGCUGAGAAGUCUCCCUGCAGCUGCUGGUUUGUGCCUAGGACCAUGUGUGCGGAUGCUGCUGGGGAGAAGCAGGCACUUGCUCCUGGCACCGAUCCCAGCUGAGUUUCUCCUGUUGAUUUCGGGACCACUGAUGCUGCUGCUGAGGAGGUAUUUCCUGGCAUCCCACCCUCUGCUACCGCCAGCUACGGACCAGCCCCAAAGCGGGUGUCAGGAUGGGCCGCGCUUCGAGAAGCCGUCGCUAGCGAGCGAGGUGUGAAGAGUUGGCCAGAAUGACCAACUCCUCCUCCACGUCCACCUCCUCCACCACCGGGGGAUCGCUGCUGCUGCUUUGCGAGGAAGAGGAGUCGUGGGCGGGCCGGCGCAUUCCCGUGUCUCUCCUGUACUCGGGUCUGGCCAUCGGGGGCACGCUGGCCAACGGCAUGGUCAUCUAUCUAGUGUCGUCCUUCCGAAAGCUGCAGACCACCAGCAACGCCUUUAUUGUGAACGGCUGCGCCGCCGACCUCAGCGUCUGCGCCCUUUGGAUGCCGCAGGAGGCGGUGCUCGGGCUCCUGCCUGCCGGCUCCGCGGAGCCCCCCGGGGACUGGGACGGCGCGGGGGGCAGCUAUCGCCUCCUGCGCGGCGGGCUGCUAGGCCUUGGGCUCACCGUGUCCCUCCUGUCCCACUGCCUGGUGGCUCUGAACCGCUACCUGCUCAUCACCCGGGCGCCCGCCACCUACCAGGCGCUGUACCAGCGGCGCCACACGGCGGGCAUGCUGGCGCUGUCCUGGGCGCUCGCCUUGGGCCUCGUGCUGCUGCUCCCGCCCUGGGCCCCGCGCCCCGGCGCCGCGCCCCCGCGCGUCCACUACCCGGCGCUGCUGGCAGCCGCGGCGCUGCUGGCGCAGACGGCGCUGCUGCUGCACUGCUACCUGGGCAUCGUGCGCCGCGUGCGCGUCAGUGUCAAGCGGGUCAGCGUCCUCAACUUCCACCUGCUGCACCAGCUGCCCGGCUGCGCAGCCGCCGCCGCCGCCUUCCCCGGGGCUCCGCACGCGCCGGGCCCCGGGGGCGCGGCGCACCAGGCGCAGGCCCAGCCCCUGCCGCCCGCGCUGCACCCGCGGCGGGCGCAGCGGCGGCUCAGCGGCCUGUCGGUGCUGCUGCUCUGUUGCGUCUUCCUGCUGGCCACGCAGCCGCUGGUGUGGGUGAGCCUGGCCAGCGGCUUCUCCCUGCCCGUGCCCUGGGGCGUGCAGGCGGCCAGCUGGCUCCUGUGCUGCGCCCUGUCGGCGCUCAACCCGCUGCUCUACACGUGGAGGAACGAGGAAUUCCGCCGCUCCGUGCGCUCUGUCCUGCCCGGCGUCGGUGACGCGGCGGCUGCCGCCGCUGCCGCCACUGCUGUGCCCGCCGUGUCCCAGGCGCAACUGGGCACCCGCGCCGCCGGCCAGCACUGGUGACCCGGCCAGGGCCCGAGGGAAGCGGAGGUUCCGGAUUCAGCGUCCUUGGUCACCUCGCCUCCAGCCCUGGCGGAGCAUUCCCUGCCCAAACGAAGACUCCUGCGGCGGAGACCGGGAAAUUGGUGCGAAGAUUUCGCCUUCGACCCCAUGGGAUGCCUGAACCAAGGUCUCUCCCUAAAUGGGGUCCUUGAAGUCAUUUUUGGCCGGUUGACUUUUACUCUUUGUUUCUGUGUUUUAGAGAAACCCUAAAGUCAAAACACCGGUCAAAUCCUAAAGUCAAACUUCAAGAACUUGCCAACUGACACAAAAAAACCCGGUUAAUUUAUUUCAACUCUGUUUUUGAAAGAGCUUUGAUAACGUAUUACCAUUCUCACCUUCAUCGUCUUAUGAUAUAUAUGAAGCGCCUUGAGUGUGCAUGAGCCAAAAGAAAUACUAUUGAUGAAAGAAAUAAUAUUUAAGUAUUUUAGAAAGUAACCUAUCUUUGAUGAUGCUUCUGUUAUAGUUAGCUUUUGUAUAUUAACCUAAAGAAUGAAGCCACAGAUGUGCGCACCAGUAUGAGUUGCCAUUAAGACCUCAAGCCCCUUAUUCUUAAAAGGAUGUUGAUAAAGCAAAAUCAUUCCCGAAUGAGAUAGAACCUUAGCCAGUGGGGGGGGAGGGGGGAACCAGAUUUAUUAUUUUACACUCCUUUUUGCACUUCUAAGACUGAAAAUUGGCAUUGAGUGUUAAAAUGAAAAAUUUCCAUUGUGGUGAUUGAUGGUCUGAGCCAGCAAUGGAACUUUGAAAACAAAUAGGAGGGUUAUCUAUUUUAGGUACCAGUUUCACGUUUUAUAUAGCAUGCCAACUUGUUGCUACCCUCAUUUUGUAAUCAAUUUACUUGCCUUAUGAGUGCGAUCAUAGCUGUGAACAUUCUGUACUAUAUUGGUUGCUAAGAAGAAUAAAUCCUUCUGUUUUCUCUUUAACAUUUAAAAUAUCUCAAUGCACAUGAUAUAAUUAAACACUAACAAUACCAUGACUGCAUAGCUACUAUUAGCUGCUAUUGCAUGCUCCUAGAUGCUAGAACUUACUGGGCAUGUGGUAUACUAAAGCAAUACCCAUUAGACAAGGGCGUUUUACUUCUUCCAGACACCAGAAGAAGUGGCCUGCAAUUAUUUGAAAAGAGACACAGAGACACCUCUGGCUACCUAGAGUUCUUCUUGUCUUGACCCAAUUUAUGAGAAAACUCCCAGUUGGGACUUUAUCUUGCAAAUGGAGCCACAGUCAAGAUGGAUCAAUAAUAUUGUUUGGCUCUGCAAAGCCAUCUGUGCUCUUUUAGGGUUUAGACAAGCCACAUGUUAGAAAGCAACACUGUUUUUUAUGUAGUUCGUAUAUAUUACCGUGACACAACAUUAAUAUGGUGUCUGUUAAAAGAGGUGUAACAAACUUGGUUAUAUAUAUCUAACAGUUCAAAUGGGAGUCUGUUCUAAAAUGUCUGAUUUGAGGUUUGUCCUUUCUGUCUUUGGUUUACUCAAUUUAUUUAGAAAUAGUUGAAAUACACAAUCGUGUGAAAUCACUUUAUAAAUUAAGAUGGGAAGAAAGUAAUUUUCAAUAAUCAUCUAUCAUCAGUGUGAUUGCUAACUACAUCAAAUCUUGCUAACCACCCAGCCUCAAUUAACUGUGUAAUUGCUUUGUUGCCCUCCUGGACCUUGUAGGCCAGGAGAGUGGCAACACUUAUGCAUUUGAAUAAUUAUGGAAGCUGCAGGAAACUUCAACAUGUUUGUAGUAAAACAAAACAAAGCAAAUAUGUUCAUCACAAGUAAUGGAUCAGCAGUCAUUUUAUUAAUCUAUCCCCUUUGCGCAUGCAUAAUUUCUCUCUUACUAGGGUUUCAUCUGUUCCCAUUUUCCUUGAUUCAAAUAUUUAAUUAAAGUUCAGACAACCAUU